ACUCUAUUCAUUUUUGUUUGAUUGUUGCUCGAUAUUAUAUUUUACUUGGCAGAGUAAUUCUUAAAAGAAAUGACAUACAGUGAAAAUUACGUCCUGGUUGAUAAAGACGACCAGCAACAAACAACUUGGACAAGGAAUGAUAAGAUGUUGUUGAUAUGUUGUCUCCUAUGCGACUUUGCAGAUGGAACAGAGAUUGAUUUGCCUGGAAUGUUAACUCAACAAGUUUCAUGUGACAUUGGAAUAUCUCAUUGGAAAGAAGGAUUAUUGGAUUGCAUUCUGUUCUUCUCCUUAGCAGUUUCAGUUAUGAUUGCAGGACCAUUGGCGAAAAGGUUUGAAAAACGGAAGAUAAUUUUAAUCUCGCUAUAUCUGAGUGUAUGCAGUUUAGUUUUCUGUGGCAUGGUUGCAAACUUUACAGCUCUUUUUCUUUCACGAGCCAUACUUGGCUUUUGUUGUGGACUCAGAUACACCAUUCUUUAUGUUUGGGCCGCUGACAUAGUUUCCAAUAAAGAGAUUCUAGACAGAAUUUUAAUGAUAACACACAUUUUCUACACUGCCGGGUCAAUGUGGUCGUCAGUGUUGGGGUUCCUACUACUUGAAUGGAUUGGAUGGAGGAAGUUUCUACUUUUCUCGACAUUGCCCGUACUCAUUCCUCCGAUCAUCAUGGUUCACUUCUGUGUAAAAGAUAUAAAAGGAUCACAAAUAGAAAGGUCAGAAGACGAAGCAGAACAGCAAGAAACAGUGACUGUUUCAAACUUUGCAGCUAGAACCACAAAAAUGGGGCUGCUCAUUGCUUGUGUUACUUUUAAUGGCUGGUUGACCACCCUCCUCGUUCCAGCGUUGAUCCAGAUGCUUAAGAUCAAUAAAGCAGGACCAAACAUUGAUUGCUCAGUUGCCAUGACUCAAGGGCCGGAACUCUUGUUACUGGCACUUGUUAACUUCGCAGGUAUGCCCUCUGCAUUCCUUAUGCACUGGAUAAAAGACAAGAUUGGAUUUCGUAAACUGCAGGGGUUUGUUUCCCUAAUAUACGUAGCAAACUUUGUACUGAUGCUCACACAACAAAACCUUGCGGUAGCGAUUUUAACUAACUUCAUAACGAAGUUUUUGAACGGGAUAAUUGGUUUGGGCUACAGCUAUGUCCUCUUCGACGUGAAUUACUUCGGAACGUCAAACUUUGAAGUAGGUGCUAGCAUCGCAACCGCAAUGGGCUUGAUUGGGGGGAUGGCUGGGUCGGGCAUGGUCGCAUUUGCCUCCACAUCAUCUGUUAUAAUCACUGCUUUGGUGGUCAGUGUGGUUCAGGUGAUGGUUGUUGUUUCUAUGACAGAGGUUCAGUAGCAAUAUCAAGCUGAAUAGGUGAGCAGGUUAAAUAGACAGAAGACAGAAGGUGAGAUAGAAAAGUGCUCAACACAUGAGGCCAGGUUUCAAAAUGAGGGAGUGGUCUGAAAGUCCUUUCCGAAACUUUCUUUAGUUAGAUAUCCCAGCCCUAUUCAGAAGAAUUUGUGAUUAAUUUAUUGCUCUGUAAAUUUGUAUUUCCUGAUAAAUAAUGAGACCUAAUUAUUUCAUUUUCAGAGUUUUAGUCACAAUUUCGUAUUACUCUAACUCAGUUGAUGAAGUAAAAUAUAAUUUGACAAAGUAAAAUAUAUUCGAAGAAAUUGUGUUAUACAUAAUUUGUUGCCUUAUUUAGUUUGUUACUGAUGUCUUAAACGAAUUUGUUGCUUUAAUGUUGCCUUAAUGUUGCCUUGAUGUUGUCUUAAAACUCACACUUAAAACGGAUAUUUUUAAGGUACACCUAUAUCAACCUUAAACUACAGACCUCCUACUUAAAAUAUUACUUUCACAGUUUACAUACGUAGCAGUCACACAUAUACAUCAUGUGUUUGAUAUUUCCGACACGAGUUUUGAUACUUUUGACCCUCACAAAAAUUAAAAUAGUUUGAUGAGUAAAUGUAAUCGUUAAAAUCUGAAGUUUAUUAUUUAUUAUAUACUAGUGCCGUGUGG